UAACCCCUGCGUGGCUGGGCGGGCUGGAGCUCCGCGGGCCGGAACCUGCGAGUUGGGGCUCCCCAGUCACACCCCUCGCGGGAUUUAAAGGGGCAGGAGGGGUUGGGCCCGGUCUAAGCCCGAACCUAGGGAGCCGGCAUGAGGCGCUGCCCGUGCCGGGGAAGCCUGAGCGAGGCGGAGGCUGGGGCGCUGCCGGGGGCAGCCCGCAUGGGACUGGCGGCGCCGCGAGGGGGGCGGCGGCGGCAGCCGGGGCAGCAACGACCUGCGCCCGGCGCAGGGGGCCCGGCGGGGCGGCCGGAGGGGGGCGGGCCCCGGGCCCGGACCGAGGAGUGCAGCCUCAACGCGGAGCCCGAGAGGGCCGGCCUCGGGCCUGAGUUGGAGACCGACGGACAGGCUGAGCCUGAAGCAGCUGGCCUCGGAGCGGAGACGGAGCGGCCCAGCCAAAAGACGGAGCCAGGCAGGUCCAUCCUGCGGACGCAUCUAGAAAGGAGCAGCCACUGGUCAGAGCUGGAGGCAGCCGGGAACUGGACGGAGACUGGGACAGAUGGCUUUCGGACUGAUCCACACAGGUCUGACCUCCACUCUCAGCCAGAGAGGGCUAACCUCUGGUCACAACCAGGGGUUGAUGGGCCCUGGACAGAAUUAGAAAUACAUGGGUCACAGACCCAGCCAGAGAGGGCCCAACCCAGGGCUGGUAACCUCUGGACCCACCAGAACAGGUCCAGCGUCCGGACUGAGCCAGUGGGGGCCCUUCUCUCAACAGAGCCAAGUACUGAUGGUUCUUGGAAAGAAUCGUACACUGAUGGCUCCAGGACACGACAGGAUACCGAAGACUCCCGGACAGAGCUGCACACUGAUGGCUCCCAGAUACAACAGGAUACUGAAACAGCCUGGAAACAGUUAGACACCGAUGGUUUCCCAGCACAACAAGAUACCGAUGGCUUCUGGCCACAGUCUGGCACUGAUACACCCCAGACACAAGAUACUCAUGGACCCCCCCAGACAGAGCCUGGGACAGACUGCCUUUUGGGGGAGCCCAACCAAGAUGGCUCAUUAGAGGAACCAGAACAUGGGGAGUUGAUGACUCACGUGUACUCUCACCUGGAGUGUAGCCCCCUGACCCCUGUACCCCGCCUUAUCAUCACUCCUGAAACCCCUGAGCCUGACGCACAGCCAGUGGGACUCCCCUCCCACAUCGAGGGGGGCAGUGGUGGCUUCUCCUCUGCCUCCUCUUUCGACGAGUCUGAGGAUGACGUGGUGGCCGGGGGCGGAGGUGCCAGCGACCCCGAGGACAGGUCUGGGAACAAACCGUGGAAGAAGCUGAAGACAGUGCUGAAGUAUUCGCCCUUUGUGGUCUCCUUCCGAAAACACUACCCUUGGGUCCAGCUGUCUGGACACUCUGGGAACUUCCAGGCAGGAGAGGAUGGUUGGAUUCUAAAGCGUUUCUGUCAGUAUGAGCAGUGCAGCCUGGAACAGCUGAUGCGUGACCCCCUGCGGCCUUUCGUGCCAGCCUACUAUGGCAUGGUGCAGCGGGAUGGCCAGGCCUUCAACCAGAUGGAAGAUCUCCUGGCGGACUUUGAGAACCCCUCCAUCAUGGACUGCAAGAUGGGCAGCAGGACCUACCUGGAGGAGGAGCUGGUGAAGGCACGAGAACGGCCCCGGCCCCGGAAGGACAUGUAUGAGAAGAUGGUGGCUGUGGACCCCGGGGCCCCCACCCCUGAGGAACAUGCCCAGGGUGCCGUCACCAAGCCCCGCUACAUGCAGUGGAGGGAGACUGUGAGCUCGACCUCCACCCUGGGCUUCCGGAUCGAGGGCAUCAAGAAAGCCGACGGGACCUGCAACACUAACUUCAAGAAGACACAGAAGCUGGAGCAGGUGACAAAGGUGUUGGAGGACUUUGUGGAUGGGAACCGCACAAUCCUGAGAAAGUACGUGGCACGCCUAGAAGAACUCCGUGAAGCUCUGGAGAGCUCCCCCUUCUUCAAGACUCACGAGGUGGUAGGCAGUUCUCUUCUCUUUGUGCACGACCACACCGGCCUGGCCAAGGUCUGGAUGAUCGACUUCGGCAAGACAGUGGCCCUGCCUGACCACCAGACGCUCAGCCACCGACUGCCCUGGGCUGAGGGCAACCGCGAGGACGGCUACCUCUGGGGCCUGGACAACAUGAUUUGCCUCCUCCAGGGCCUGGCCCAGAGUUGACCUGCUCGCUUGCCGCCAGGUGUAUUUAUUGGAUAGUGACCGUCUGACUGGAGGGGCCCCAAGACGUGUGGGGGCCUAAGAUCGGCCACAGGGGAGCUGGAGGCCAGGGACGGGAGAGGUUUCGGCCGACGCACAUCACACAGGACCAGUGCGGGAGACCCGCAGGGCCUUGGAGAUCAGGUGGUGCCCCACCCUCUUGUGAGAUGGGGGUUGUCAAGAACCAGAGAGGCAGCGUGACGUGGCUGGGUCCCACUGUGAGUCAGAACCCGACUGGGUCCUCUGACCAGCCAGGAAGUCUUCUGAGGGGCUGCAGAGGCAGCAGCAAAGCCACGCACCCCGAAAGAACACGGUGCAGAUGCUGCAGGGCACAGGCGUGGCCUCAGGCCUGUCACAUGAGAUGACUGUGAUCACAGCCUCGUCAGCCCCUCCCUCUGUGAGCUGGCCCCUCUUGGGCCCCUGGGAACCAGACCUCACUUGUGAACAAACGCAGCAGCCCUUGGUCGGCCUGCCCAGGAGUUACAGCCCUGUCUUCAUCUGGGGGCCCUCCAAGUGCUGACCGAGGCUCUGAGGGUGUAGCACCCUGGGACUGGCCUGAGAGCUGACUGCUGGGCAGGGCUUGGUUCACCCUGUCCUACCCGCCCUCGGCCCCGUGGGCUCCUCCCCUGCCCCUGGGAGAACUCUGUUGACCCCCCUGCAGACUGAAACCACAGCUGGGUCUGGGGCCAGCACUGUGACCAGCACAACCUCAUUCCUCGGGGACCAGCCUCGGCCUUGGGACUUCCUCCUGCCCUUUACCCCUGUUUCUGUUUCCUUCCUCUGAGUGGACUGUAGUGGCAGGAAGGGCUUUCAGAAGGAAAAGGGAAAGGCAGGCUUGGGAACCAGCUGCCUUCCUCCCGAGGGCCCUCAUCCCUGGCGUCUGCUGUGAAGAGGCCCUGCUUGGGCCUGCAGUGCAGGGUGAGUGGGGCUGCUGGCUGUGACCCGAGGCCUGCAUCCUGGUCCAAACCAAAGACCCCAGCACUCUGAGGUGUGGGUGGUGUCCCUCUGUCCUCCUCCUGCACCUAACUUUGGGUUCCCGGCCCACAAGGCUGGGCUUGGGAAGGACAGGCACCCCCUCUCCCUUAGUCAAAGCUCUAACAUGGUCUUCCAGGGCUGACGUGCUCCUUUUUUACUGACCAUCUUUAUACUUAUUUAUAUGACAGAGAUAGUCAUUGGAUGGGGCAGCGCUGGGGAACAGGAGGCAAAAUCGCUUCACUGCCUCCCCCCAUGAGGACACCCCAAUAAACAGCACAUUCAUAGUCAACUUGA